CCUGCAUCAGUCACAGUCACAACUUCUGUCCUACUGAAGAUAUCAUCAGCUGCCAGCACCACAAUGAAAGCUUUUAUAUUCCUGUGUCUCCUGCACGUGGCAUUCAGCAUGGCACGUGCAGAUUAUACCAAUUCAAACUGGGGCUCUUCAAGCGGAUCUUCUGAGAAACAAGACGAACCUGUGUGUACCACGGACCAGGCAUCAUGUGGCUGCUGUCUGAUGCAGCGACAGAUGCACAGGAUGGAGACGUUUUUUAAUGAAACCUUUAAGUACCUGGAGGAGAACCUGAUGAGAACAAGGACUAUCCUCAACAAUGUCAGAUCCAGCCGCAGUGCCUUCUCUGUCGCUCUGACCAACGCGAACACUUUAACGUGCACUGGUCCAUUCCGUGAUGACACGUUCGUCAGAUAUUCGCAUGUCUUCAUCAACUUGGGAAACGGCUAUGAUGUCAGCACUGGUUUUUUCACUGCUCCUCGCUCUGGUGUCUACAGCUUGGCACUCACUGUCUACAGUGAUGCUGGAGCUCCUGCAAGCUCACUGGCUGCCUGCGUCAAUCUGCAGGUUAACAAUGUAGUGGUGGCAGGACCUCAAGAAAGAAAUCAGCAAGACCAAGAAGACAGUGCCUCUAUUGUUAUUGUCGUUCACCUGCAAGCUGGGGACAUUGUGACUGUCCACCUGCCCAUUGGGUGUUUCCUCUGUGAUGACAAAAGCCACUACAACACCUUCUCUGGCUACUUGCUGUAUGGUACUGAAUAAUUUAGUUAGGCGUAGCUGUGCUGUCAUUUUACUUAGGAUUUACUGACAGGUUUGUCUGUAGAUGAAAUACUGUAGUUGACAGUCUUGCCUUGUAGUCCUGAAUUUAUAUUCUCUAUCGUAAAUAUACAUUCAAAUAUAGUGCUCUCAGCUUUAUUUUACAUGUUUUAGUUCAGCACAAACAAACCAGCAUUACCUGAUGGAAGAAAGACAUCAAGGUCAAAGUGCAUCAAGAU